CCAGCCGGAGCUCCCACGCCACCAGCUUCGUACGUCCCAAAUUAAAACAAAACAAGAAACAAUACCGUUAGAAACAAUCUCUUUCGAAAAACCCUAGUUUCAUCGCCGGAAAGUCCUCAUUUCCGGCCCCGGCGACACCGCAAAUGUCGCCGUCGGUGGCUCAUAUUCCAUCUCCGAUCUCUUCACAAACCGAAUCUCAAUCAACACAACCUCGUUUUCCCCCAAUUCCAAACCCUAAUUUUUCCAAACCCCCUAAUUUCAGCUCGUUUGCCGCGUCACUCAGUGAUUCGACGAGUUUUAAUAGCUCAAGUAUAGGAAAACCAAGUGUUGGAGCUACGAAAGACUCGUUUGGUUCGGUUUUCGAGUCGAAAGUGGCGGGGAGUUCUAGCAGAAGGCCGAGGCUUGUGAAGGUGAGGAGACAGAGUGGUUUGCAAUACGCGAGGGCGAAAUUAGUGAAGGAGAAUGCCAAUCGAGGUAAUGAUGUUAGUGAUAAUUUUUUGGGUGUUUCGAAUUUGAAUAUAAAUAAGAGUCAGUUUGGUAGUACUGUGAAUUUUGUUGGCGGUGGUAGUAAUAAUGUUGAUAAUAAGAGUAAUGUGGUGUCGGAUACGAAGUUGUUUAACGAUGGAAGUGGAGGAACAUUGGGAAUGGGAGGUAAUGAGACCGGGAACUUUGGUGGUUUUGGUUUAGGAAUUAAGGAAUGUGGUGGGAAGGUUGGAGAUAUGGAUUCCAAUGGAUUGGGGAAGUCUGGAAAUUUGGUAUUUAGUUCUGGCGCUAAUGUUAUGAAUUUGUCGUCUAGCUCUAAUUCAAAAGGGAAAGACAGUGGCGGAAAUAAGGUAAGAUGUGAUGCUGAAAGGAAGAAUGGUGGAGAGGGGAUUAAGUCUGAGUUUGUGUUUGGUGCCACAGGCGGGGGUUUCUUGGCAAAGUCGAAUUUGGAGAAGAAAGAAGUUGAUGCGACUAGUUUUGUGUUUGGCGCAGGUGGAAAUGGUUUGGGAUCAAGGUUGGAUUUCAAACAUGUAGGUAUGAAUGGAAGUGUUGGAAAAUCUUCUUCUUUUGAUAGUGAAAAGUUGAAGUCGACAUUGGAUAGAGGAAAUAACGUUACAGGUUUUGUGUUUAGUGCCAGUAAGAGUAGUUUUGCUGGAGUUGCAGAUGCAGGAACCCCGCAAUCAUCGCGGGAAGUUGAUAAAUCUAGUUUUUUUCAUGUUACAAAAGAGUACUGCAACUCCAAAGCUGACAAUGUGUUUGUAUUUGGAAGUGGCAGCAAGGGAAGUUGCACUUUCAGUUCAGUUAGUCGGCAUGGUGAUGAUAUUCAGAACCUGGAUUUAAAGAAAAAUGAAAAUUGUAAUGUCGAGUUGAAAGGAAAAGGCAAUAAAAUAGAUUGUGGUCCUAAAAGUAUGCCCAAUUUUGUAUUUGGGAAUGGUAGUAAUACAAGUAAUUCUUUUAACAUUCAUGCAUAUAAAUUGUCUGAUGAUAUGCAGAAGAUGAAUAUGCAUGAUUCCAAAGUAGUUGAUAAUUCUAGCAGUGGUUCGUUUUCCAAUCUUAGCGAUAAGUUUGUGUUUUCAAGUGACAAUAAGGUUUCGUUUAAUGGAAACUCGGCUUUCACCUCCCUUCAUAACCCAAAUGCGAAUGCGGUAGUUUUCCAGAAUUGUCAAAGUGUCAAGAAUAAUAGUGCAGCUAAUGAUAAAAGUUCUGAAGAAAAAGUUUUUGGAUUGGAAACAAAUGAAAAGAAUGUACCUUCUUUUGGAGAUGGUGUGGAAAACAAAAUUUCCGAUACAGCAAGGAAUAAGGAUACCAGAUAUGGAACAGGACUGUUUAGUGGGCAAAACAUACCAACAUUCUCCUCUUUCGGAACUCGUGGAAAGGAGAAUAAAUCAUUGAAUUUGAAAGAGGAUGGUAUGGCUGGAAAGCAAAAUCUUGGUAAUCAAACAAGCUGUAACAAUGGAUCCUUUUACCCAUCUUCAUCUUUGUCGACGGGAUUUGUUUAUCAGCCAUCUGAUAGUGUUCAUCAAUCUUCAUCUGGAGAUGGAGCUGAAGAGAUGGGCAAAGAGUUCAAAUUCACAAGCACACCCGUUAAACAUAACCUGUCCUUUACAGGUUUUGGUACACCCAAUUUGGAUAUGCCUGCGAAUUUAUUUUCUGAGGAUGGAGCCUUGAGAAAGGACAAAGAGUUUACAUCUACCAGCACUGUAGUUCAACCCGGACCGUCCACAACAGGUUUCACUACACCCGAUAUGAAUAUGCCUGCCAAUUUAUUUACCGGAGUAAGUAUGAAAUUAGACUUUAGUGUCAGUAAUGUGUCUGCCGGGGGGAGAAAAUUGAAGAAGACGAGAGGAAAAUUGAGGCAGCAUAAAGUGUCGAGAGCUUUUAACUCCCAGCAAUAUGAAGUGCCUCUUGAUUCUGGUUCUCCUAUGGAUUUUUCCCCUUACCAAGAAGCUAGUUGUGCAGAUGCCUCCCCCUCAAAUAUAUUCAGUGGAACUGCUAAUGAAGGUCCAGCUGUUGCAAGAGAUGGAUCUGGAGAAAAUGACCACCACGGAACUGAACCACUCACAAAUCCAAAAACUGGUAAUGCUGCAGAAACUAGGGCUUUUCUUUCCAAUAUGGAGAAGGGAGAAUGUUAUGGCAAUUCUCAGAAUUAUGCUGCUUCAACUUCAGAGAGUGAUGAUGACACAAGAUUUGCUUUUACUGUUCCAUCAUCUGCACAAAAAAAUAUACCAGCCUCAACACAUAGGAGCAUUAAGAAAUAUAGGAUGAAAAUCGGCCAUGGUUCAAAUUCCACCAGUAAAAGUUGGAAGACUGAGUUUGCCACUUCAUCUGCCAAAAAUCCGGAUACUGUUAAUAGUACCUCCAAGUCAGAUGGCUUUCAGGCUCAGAGAGCUGGUAUUUCGAGUACCCAGAGCAAGGGGGAGCAUCAGCAGGUUAAGAAUGACAAAACAAUGAAACGGGAUCUCAAUGACGCCGCAACUAUAGAGGCAUGUGAGAAGUGGCGAACCAGUGGAAACCAAGCUUAUAGGAAAGGUAGCUUACCAAAAGCUGAAAACUAUUAUACAAAAUGCAUCAAUGCUAUCACACAGAUGAAGACUCCAGAAUGCUGCAUUGAGCCUCUUGUAUUGUGCUAUAGCAAUCGUGCAGCAACGCGAUUGUGUCUUGGAAGGAUUAGGGAAGCCCUCAUGGACUGUAACAGCGCGGCUUCAUUGGAUUCAAACUUUCAGAAAGUCCAGAUGAGAGCUGCCAAUUGUCAUCUGCUUCUAGGAGAAGUUGAAGAUGCGAUUUUGCAUUUCAACAUGUGCCUGGAAUCCAGUACUGAAAUCUGCUUGGACCGGAGAAUCAUGAUUGAAGCUGCUGAUGGCGUGCAAAAGUCUAAGAAAGUGGUUGAUAUCACAAAUCAGUCUGCUGAACUUUUGCAGCAGAGAACUUCUGAUGCAGCGAGUAAGGCUUUGCGAAUCAUUAUGGACGGCUUGUCUAUAAGUAGUCACUCGGAAAAAUUGCUUGAACUGAAAGGAGAGGCUCUUUGCAUGUUGCGGAAGUAUGAAGAAGUAGUUCAACUUUGUGAGCAAACCCUUGGAUUUGCCGAAAAGAAUUUCACCCGCAUAGAUACUGUUAACCAAGUGUCAGACGCUAAUAGUUUCAACGGAAAAAACACAGAUAUUAAGUUGUGGAGAUGGAGAUUGAUGUCCAAGGCCUACUUCCAUAUGGGUAGGCUCGAGGCAUCUCUUGAAAUAAUUAAAAAGCAAGAGCAGCUGAGAUCUAUCGAUCACAAAAGCAUAGAGACAGACUCUGCUGUAAUUGCUGCCACUGUUCGUGAACUUCUACAACUGAAGAAUGCUGGAAAUAAAGCCUUCCAAUCUGGUGAGCAUACGGAAGCAAUUGAGCACUAUACUGCUGCUAUAUUGAGCAGCGUCCAAUCACGUCCUUUUGCGGCUGUCUGUUUUUGCAAUCGAGCUGCUGCACUUCAAGCUUUGGGCAAGAUAUCUGACGCCAUUGCAGAUUGCAGUCUAGCCAUAUCUCUUAAUGAAAAUUAUGGGAAGGCCCUUUUUAGAAGAGCAACUCUACAUGAAAUGAUUAGAGACUACGAACAAGCAGCUAACGACCUUCAAAGAAUCAUUAAUCUCCGAAAGCAAAAUGAGAUGAAUCAGGAGUCUCAUGCCUCUGUAGGAUCAGGUGGGAUCAGAGAUUAUACAAAAGAAGCUCGUAGCCGUCUUUCUUCUGUAGAACGAAAGGCUAAGAAAGUAGCUCCAUUGGAUUUUUACCUCAUCCUGGGAAUUAAAGCUUCUGAUACAUCAUCAAAUAUUAAAAAAGCAUACCACAGGGCUGCCCUCAAGCACCAUCCUGACAAGGCUGGACAGUUCCUGAUAAGAACUGAGAGUUUAGAUGAAGGACCACUAAGAAAGGAGAUUGCUGAAAAAAUUCAUGUGGAUGCUGAUAGGCUUUUUAAGAUGAUCGGAGAGGCCUAUGCAGUCCUCUCAGAUAGCGAAAAGCGAGCUAAAUAUGAUCUUGAAGAGGAAAUAAGGAAGAACAAUGAAGACAAGAAUAACAGUUCUCGAAGAGAAUCCAAUGUCUACAGUUCGCCUUUUGAGAGGAGCAGCAGGGAAAAUGGGCGUGGGUGGGGAACGUAUGGUAGUGAGUCGUGGAAAACGUACGGCAAAUCACAUUCUCGUUGGUAGGAGUGACUCGAGAGAAAUAUAUCCAGGUUGAGUUGUAUUUUUGCCAAUUGCCAUUAAACAUUAAAUUGGCCAUGGGCAGUAUUGCCUGAAGCCUAAUAUUAGAAGUUUUGCUGAAUGAACCAUUGUAAUUAUAGUCAUAUAAUUAUCUGUCUCAUAUUGUUAAUGUGUAUCCUCUCAGACACAAGCGGCUCAUUUUUUGCUGUACUGUAUGUAUUUGAAAUUUGAAAGCUAUAAAUCUUGCUAUGGGAGAAUCCAAAUAUUUUUUA